AACAUGUAAUGGACUCCCUUUCCACAACACAUUUACAGUUUCAUUUUGCAUUCCUUUCUCAAAUAACAAACACAAAGAAAAAAACAAACAGAAGCUAACUACUUCGCCGUUCCUAUCUCCGACUACUGUUACGACCUCUAACAGAAAAACCAACUCUGUUUUGGCAUACUCUUUCAAACAUAUUACCUCCAGUCCACCGUCCUCUUCUUCUCUCACCGCGGGAAGGCGUUUUCCGGUCACCUCAUAUGUUCUUUUUCAUUGGAAGAUUCUAGUCUCAGCUUGUUUAUUCACACACUGAAAGGUUCUUUUUUAUUGGAAGAUUCUAGUCUCAGCUUGUUUUCUCACACACUUUCAGAUUCUCUUUCAUUAGAAGAUCAAACGUUCAGUUUGCUUGUCCAAACAUUUUCAGAUAGCCAUGGCAGAAUUGAUGGUUGCAGGAGCAGUUCUUACCCCUAUCAUUCAACUUACUAUUGAGAGUCUUGCCUCAAAAUAUUUCAAAGACCUCUUCAAUAAACGGUUGCUGGAAAAACUUAAAAUCACAUUGAAUUCUAUCAGCAAAGUCUUGGAAGAUGCAGAGACAAAGCAGUACCAGAAAGAUGAGGUGAGGAUUUGGCUUGACAAUCUAAAGCAUGAGGUAUAUGAAGUAGAUCAGCUGUUGGAUGAGAUUGCUGCUAGUGCACGAAAAACGAGCAAGAGCAAGGUUAAAUGCUUUAGCACAUUUUUGCCAAAUCAGUUUAAAUCUAGGAUCAAAGACUUGCUCGAUAAGCUAGAAGAUCUUUUAAAGCAGAGUGAUGUUAUGGGAUUGAAUGAAGGAACAAGUGCUCGUAAUGAAGUUGAAGUCGGUCCAAAUUUUUCAAAAAGACCGCCAACGACGUCUUUGGUGGAUGAAUCUCUCAUAUGUGGUAGAAGGGAUGAAAAGGAGAACAUUGUCAGUUUCUUACUUUUAGACAAUGGUAGUAGUAGCAACCACACACCAAUACUCAGCAUAAUUGGUCUUGGUGGGAUGGGUAAGACCACCCUUGCUCGGCUCGUCUACAAUGACAACAAGGUGCAACAGUGCUUUGAACUUAAAGCUUGGGUCUAUGUUUCAAAUCCAUUUGAUAUUACCAGGCUCACUAAAGAAAUCCUCGAGCAAUUUAAUUCUUCACCAAAUAGUGAAAGCUUGGAAAUACUCCAACGUCAAUUGCAACAUACAGUAACAGGCAAGAAAUGUUUGCUUGUUCUAGAUGAUAUUUGGAACGCAAAUGAGAAAAGUUGGAAGCAUUUACUAACUCCCUUUAACAAAGGAUCUUCUGGAAGUAAAAUUAUUGUGACAACACGAAAUAAGGACGAUGCAUUAGCCAUGGAAUCUGCCGAGUUAUUUGAAUUAAAACAAUUGGGGGAGACUGAUUGUUGGAAUUUAUUUGUGACACAUGCUUUUCGCAACAAAAACGUGAGUGAAUAUCCAGAUUAUGAAUCAAUUGGAAGGAUGAUUCUAGACGACAAGUGUGGAGGGUUGCCAUUAGCCGUGGAAUCAAUGGGGAAGCUCUUGAGAAGAAAAUUCUCCAAAAAUGAAUGGGAUAAAAUAUUGAAGACUGAUAUGUGGUGUUUAUCAGAGAGAGACAGUGACAUAAAUCCAGUAUUGAGACUGAGUUACCAUAAUCUUCCUUCCAUUUCGAAGCGUUGUUUUGCUUAUUGUUCCAUGUUUCCCAGGGGUUAUACGUUUCAAAAGAACAAUUUAAUCAAUCUUUGGAUGACAUAUGGUUUGCUAAACUCUUACAAAAGUGUCAAAAGUAAAGAAGAGUUGGGUAGUGAAUCGUUUGAAGAUCUUGAAUCAAUUUCAUUUUUCCAAAGAUCACUAGAUUUUGAUGGUUGUUUUGUCAUGCAUGAUCUUGUCAAUGACUUGGCAAAAUCAGAGUCUCGAGAGUUUUGCUUACAAGUAGAGGGUGAUAAGGUGCGAGAUACAUCUGAAAGGACACGCCACAUUUGGUGCUCUCUUGAUUUGAAAGCCGGCGAUGGGAUAUUAAAGCACAUUUAUAAAGCUAAGGGAUUACAUGGCUUGUUGGUAGAACCACCAAGAGAUGGUAGCAAAUCCUUCAUGAUAAGCAAAAAUGUGCAAUGUGAUAUGUUUUCAAAGCUAAAAUAUUUGCGGAUGUUGUCAUAUUGUGGUUAUAGAAAUGAAACCAGAGAGUUAGAGCUAGCAGAUGAGAUAGACAAUCUAAAGCUUUUGCGCUAUCUAGACCUGAGUUGGACAACAAUUAAAAGGUUGCCUGAUUCUAUCUGUAAGCUUUAUAAUUUAGAGACACUGAUAUUGGAAGGAUGUGAUAAUUUGACAAAAUUUCCUUUAGAUUUUUACAAACUUGACCGUUUGCGCCAUCUUAAUCUGAAAGGAAAUGAAAUAAAGAAGAUGCCAGAGAAGAUGAGGAAACUAAAUAACCUACAAACGUUGACUGACUUUGUUGUGGGAGAGCCAAGUGGGUCUGAUAUUGAGGAGUUAGAAAGUCUCAAUCUUCUUCAUGGAAAAAUUAGUCUUUCAGGAUUGAACAAUGUCACUGAUCCAACACAUGCCGUAAAGAGUCGUUUGCAAGAUAAGAAGUUUUUAGAAGAAAUACAUAUGAUAUUUGAUGGUUCAGUAGUGGAAAGCAAUGUGUCUGUCUUGGAUGCCCUUCAACCAAAUAACAAUCUGAAGAGGCUCACUAUUCAGAACUACAAUGGCAAUAUGUUUCCAAAUUGGCUAAGUGGUUGUGAUUUACCCGACUUAGUAUCUCUUAAACUGCAGAACUGUAAAGGAAUAAAGAUCUUUGGCAAUACCUCAACAAAUGUUCCGUCUGAAUGGCUAAGUGGGUUUCCUCGACUUAAAGAGUUGUAUAUAUAUGAUUGUCCCAAAUUGAAAAGAGUAUUGCCCCAACACCUUCCUUCAUUACAGAAGUUGGAGAUUAUUAAUUGUGAGAUGCUGGUUGUAUCAAUUCCCAAUUGUGAUAAUAUCAUAAGGGCUUGUCAUUUACCCAACUUAAUAUCUCUUAAACUUCAGAAAUGUAAAGGAAUAAAGAUCUUUGGCAAUAACUCAACAAAUGUUCCGUUCAAGUUCCUUGAAGUUUUGGAAUUUAACUCCUUGUCUGAAUGGGAGGAAUGGUUAUGUAUUGAAGGGUUUCCUCAGCUUAAAGAGCUUUACAUAAGAGAUUGUCCCAAAUUGAAAAGAGCACUCCCUCCACACCUUCCUUCAUUAGAGAAAUUGGUGAUUAGGCAUUGCAAAAUGCUGGACAUAUCAAUUCCCAAGUGUGAUAACAUGAUAGAGUUAAUAAUAUCGAAUUGCGAUCAAAUUUUGAUAAAUGAGUUGUCAUCCAGCUUGAAAAAGUUCAGACUUGAUGGAAAUCAGUACGUUGAGUUCUCCAUGGAUCAUUUAAUCAACAAUCCCAUUCUGGAAGAGUUGAAGUUGGAUUUCAAGGACUUUGUAGAAUGUCCCUCUUUGAAUUUGUGUUGUUAUAAUUCUCUGUCAGAACUUUCAAUAACAGGAUGGAAGUCCUCCUCCUUGUCUAUUUCACUACACUUGUUCACCAAUCUAAAUUCUCUAUGCUUGUUGGAUUGUCCAAACCUGGAGUCUUUUCCUAUGGGAGGUUUGCCUUCCAAGUUGUGGUCCCUUAAAAUACACAAUUGUCCAAAAUUAAUUGCUUCCAGAGAGGAGUGGGGUUUAUUCCAACUCAAUUCUCUGAUUGAUUUCCAUGUCAGUGAUGACUUUGAAAACGUGGAGUCCUUCCCAGAGGAGAAUCUACUGCCGCACACUCUCAAGUAUCUUUGGAUGUCAGAAUGUUUAAAGCUAAGAAUAAUGAAUUGCAAGGGUUUUCUCCACCUCAAAUCUCUCAGUCAAAUAUCUAUUAAUAACUGCCCUAGUCUUGAGAGUUUGCCGGAGGAGGGUCUACCCAACUCCCUUUCUCAUUUGUACAUUGAAAAGUGUCCAUUGCUUGAAGAGAAGUACAAAAAGGAGGGAGGAAAGCAAUGGCAUACAAUUCGUCACAUCCCUUAUGUGCUUAUUAACGGUUAUGUGCAGCAAAUUAUUUACUGAAUUGAGUGGUGGAAAGGACAUGUUUGCCAAAGUAGCUUGUGAAGUGCCCCUCAAAGAUCUUGCAGACCAAGACAUACUAUUGCCAUCAACAUGAAGCACGACCACUUUCCUAAUCUUUUCAUCAAUUCAAAUAAAUAUGAUCAUCGUGACAAGUUUUGCUUUGCCAUAAAUUGUGCAAAACCUUUUUCUAUUUACAGGAAUACUUUAUGUUUAGGGAGUUUAACCAACAUGCUGCUACAUCUGAUAUGUAUGUUUAAAUAGAAAAAGAUCUUCACAGCAUGCUGCUAUAACCACAUUUUCACAUUCCAAUGAUUUUUUUAUCUCUUGUCAUGAGUAAAAAGUUUAAAAGCAAGAAUAUUUAUCUACUUAUAAUGUGUCUGUCAUCUUGGGUGAACACAGUUCCCAUUCGCUAUUAAUCAUUCAUCAUUCAUUGCAAACAACUACCACUCGGUUACUGCUUUGUUGGUACAUAUAAAGAGUUUGACAUAAUUGAGAAUUUAGUUUGUGACUCAGCCUAUAUGCAGUGCAUUAAUCAUUCAUUGUAAUUUAAUUGAGAAUUUCAAGUUAUUCAAAUACAAUAAUCAAUUUCUAUUACCUCACAAAUACUUACUAACACAGACACUCACCCUAUACACUUACCAACACUCACGGAAGACAACUCCGACUAUGAAUUCGUCACAUUUAUCAAACAACCAACUAAAACAUCUUGGUCGGUGCCAUCAGCUCUGCAAGAAGCGCUACUGAGAAGUUUCAAAAUUUUGAAUGCAUGGACAGAAGCUAGAAACCAAGGUCACUCUUCUCUUCCUUACAUUAUCACAUUUGUCAAUGACAUUGUGUAUAAGCCUCCAAGUGAUGAGAGAUUUUGCAGGUGGAAUAAAGUAAAUAAGCCUCCAUGGUUUACGGCCACGACAAAACUGUAUCAGCAGUUGCUGAUACCGAUGUUGAUAUUCACAAUUUUUAUGUUAAAGAAUAAAUUGUUCUUAAUUCACACUGCAACGACCGCAAUCAGUGUCACGACACCUAUACCGACCGAAAUCACGAAGCCUUUGCACGAACGCGACCAUUUCCUAUUAUUUAUUCUCAAAAAAUAAGCCUUUUUAUUUCCCUUUCUUAUUUGUCCAGUUUCCUUUUGUGGUUCAUAAGAAAUGAGGUGGUUGUCACUGGCAAGUAUUUUCUAUUAUCUUGCGUCUGUCAACAAAAGACUUGAGAAAAGAAAUGUGAAUGGCUACAUUAUUUUUCUUAUUUUGCAAUUGAUGAUCAU